AUGAGCGUCUUCCAAGAACCAGAGAGCUCACAGCCGCCUGGAUUCCAAGACAUCCAACGCGACCUCCUCUCAUCCGCGACGCGCGCUGAGCACGGCUGGGUCAAAUACCAUGACCCAAAGUUGCCUGACCUCUCCGCCAUUGUUCCGCAAGCUCCGAGUGAACCGCUGUCCAAGAACCUAACGCGCUCGUUUCGCCCCCUUCCUUCCGUAAACUCUGAGCGAAGGUCCGGAAAUGCCGAUCACCCUGCACAUAAGCCGCGACACGUUCUCUGUCCCCCAGAGACGCAAGACCUUGCAGAGACUGAAGCACUUUGCCAAUUCGGACAGUUAACUAAGCAUACUGCCGACGGCGCCAACGAGAGGUCCAAACUCAAGGCCGCGCGAAUCGAUCUCUCGUUCAAGGAAAACCGUUCAGUGCACUCUGGGACGGCCCUCCGGCGCAGGCGCACCACGGAGGACGUCCCGGCUGGCUCACACGCGCCGCCAGCGAAAAAGCCCGCCCUUCGAAUCCGGGCCACCGACUCGCGCCUGUGUUCCGGAUACCCGCGCCGUAUGCAGGACAGUCCGAUGGAAGAGGACGAGCCGAUAGCUGGCCCAUCCAGACCACUGCUCCGGCGCCCGUCUUUAACAUCCUAUGUCAAUGCUGCUGAGGACUCCGAUGAGGAAGACGACGGCAUGCCGUCCAGCACG